CAUACGCAGCAGCAGAACCAGGAUCAGCGGUUGAAGGCGGCGGAGCAGCAGAACCAGCAGCCGCACGGGUGCCCGCGGUGCCAGUCCAUGAACACCAAGUUCUGCUACUACAACAACUAUAGUCUCUCUCAGCCACGGUACUUUUGCAAGGCGUGUAGGAGGUACUGGACUCAGGGCGGGACCCUCAGGAACGUCCCCGUCGGCGGCGGAUGCCGGAAGAUGAAGCGCGCCAAGGGAGGUUCCUCCUCGGCGUCAGCAUCUCGGACCGUGCAGCCGCAGCCAUCACAGAAAGAGCAGGACAUGCAGAACACUCUGGGAAUUGGCGGCGACUCCGUUGGGAUGUCCACGGAAAACCCGAGCGGUGGUUUGGCUGUUCACCAUCAGUACUACCCUGGUGCUUCUCAUGGGUACUUGUCAUCUCUUGCAGGGCUUCAAUCUCUGAAUCAAUCUCAGCCGUUCAAUGUUGGGGGUGGUCAUGAUCCUGCCUCGAACAUGAGCCUGCUGCAGGGGUUCAAUCUCCCAGCUCCUGCGUGGAAUGGUCAGAUGGUUCAGUCGCAACCACAGCAGCAGCGCAGUGAGCGGCGAUGUGCAGCAAUCUCUGGCAGCCUGCUCUUCUUCACCACCGUUAGCUCUCCCCUUCUGCCCAUCCGUUCCAAGCAGCAACGGCGACGGCAAAGUCUCCGACAUCAAGGUUGCACCGCUCUUCUCUUGCCUCAUCCUCCUGUGGAAAGCCACCUCCUGAGUUCUGACCGGCCACCUCCAUCUACCAAAAUUUUCCCUCCUGCUAUGACUAAUUGA